AUGGGACGUCUAAAGGCAUACAAGGAGCAGAUUGCUGAUGAAGAAGAGCAAGGAAAAUUGAUGUAUGCCGAUGGAGCUUCUAAUCAAACAAACCGUACCCCAAAAGAUCAAACAAACCAAUCAUAUCAAGAACAAGCAAAUCGAGACUACUAUGGAGAUACAUACAGAGGAGGAGGCAGAGGUGGUCGUUCUCAUUACUAUAGGGGAAGAGGUCGAGCUCAAUGUCCAGACUGUCUACUAAAGUUACAGGAGGCUCAAGAAAACGACAAUACCUCAACACAAGAAGCUGAUGAACUUAUGAUGCAUGAAGUAGUGUUCUUGAACGAGAAGAACGACUUGCAAGAGAAUAUGUGGUACCUCGACAACGGAGCUAGCAACCAUAUGACCGGAGAUAGAAGGUAUUUUUCUAGCAUUAACAAUGCCAUUACCGGAAAAGUACGGUUUGGCGAUGACUCCCGUAUAGAUAUCAAGGGAAAAGGCACAAUAUCUUGCACCGACAUGAACGGAGAGUCGAGAAAGAUGACUGAUGUGUACUCCAUCCCUGAUCUGAAGAGUAAUAUCAUAAGCUUAGGUCAAGCAACUGAAGCAGGCUGUUAUAUCAGGAUGAAAGGAGAAGAGUUGACAAUGCACGAUCAAUACGGGAAUUUACUCGUCAAAGCUAGAUGA